CGACUGUCCGCCUGAGCCUCCGUCUUGUCAUCUUCUCGUCGUGUCGUCGCCCAAACUACCACUCAGCGCAGCAUGACAUCGCUGCUGGCCCAGCGAGCUUCCUCGCUGAGGGGCCUCUGGUCUAUGGCGACGAGCACGUCAGCAGCAGCAGCCUCAUCAUCGUCAACAGCAUCAGCAUCAGCGGCGGCGUCUGCACCAUCGUCGAUGGCGAGGUUGCAUCGCAAUCCCUCCUCUCUGCGCUCAAUGACCACCACUUCCAUUCGUAGAGGUCUUGGCGGCAGCCUGAGCUCUCACUCGCUCUCAGUCGUAGAGACUCCUUCUCCCCCUCCAUCAUCAGCAGCUGCAGCCCACCAAUGGCGUCCUCCCUCCAUGGCUAGUCGCAAAGAACGUCGCCAAGUGAAGAAGAAGGCCCAGAAGAACGCAAAGAAGGCGAAGAAGGAGAACACACUGGCAGCGCAGAUGGGCCUGAAGCAGGAGACUGUCUCGCCUUUUGUGAGAGUGGAUAGGCAAUUCAAGACCUUCAAGCCUCUCACGCCUUCCUUGCGUUGGGUGAGGUACAACUUGAACCCGCAUUUGCACAAGGGUAGCCCGGAGCGCUCGCUCACUCGCGCUAAGCGCAGCACGGGCGGUCGCAACCAUCACGGCCAUGUGACGGUCCGUGGGCGCGGCGGCGGGGUACGACGUCGGAUUCGUCUAGUAGACUUCUAUCGCUGGGAGGCUGGCUCCCAAGAAGUGGUCCGAAUCGAGUACGACCCUGGCCGCUCAGCACAUAUUGCCCUUGUUAAGCACAAGGAGACGGGCAAGCAGAGCUACAUUCUGGCUCCUGAAGGAUUGCGAGCAGGGGACACAGUCGAGAGCUACCGUACCAACGAUGCUGUAGGCGGGUCGGGGGCUGAGGGAUCCGUUUCGGCACUUGACUUGGGUAUCUUCAGGACCAAGGCUAUUCGAGCAGGCAACGUUCUGCCGCUGCACUUGAUCCCCAUCGGCACCAUGAUCCACGCCAUCUCCCUCAUGCCCAACGGCCCCGCCAAGCUGGUGCGCAGUGCAGGCUCAUCGGGACAGCUCAUUGCCUUUACAAACCGCUCGAAGGCGCAGAAGACGCCGCUCGGAGAGGGAAGCUCAGCGAAUGAGAACACGGAGGAGGACGAGGCUGCGGCCACGGCGGCGGCAGCAGCAGAGGGCGAAGCAGAAAAUGGGGCAACCAACUCAGCGAUGGUGACCACCUCUCACGCCCAAGUCAAGCUUCAGUCGGGUGAAGUUCGCCUCGUCCCUGUCAACUGCUGUGCCGCCAUUGGCCGCGUAUCCAACAUCGACCACCAGCACGUCCGUCUGGGCAAGGCAGGCCGCUCACGCUGGCUCGGCCGUCGUCCCAAGGUUCGUGGUGUGGCGAUGAACAAGGUGGAUCACCCGCAUGGUGGUGGUCGUGGUAAGAGCAAGUCGAACUUGCAUCCGAGAAGCAAGUGGGGUGUCUUGCAGGGCAAGAGGACGAGGAAGCCCGGUGGGAAGAAGGGGAACAAGAUGGUCGUCAGGGAGAGGCCCAGGGGCAGGGCCAGUAAGACGAGGGCUUGAGUGAGGGUGUUCAGGAGGUAGACAGGUGGGGCAAAACUUCAUGUUGUGCGGACAUCAUGCAAUCUCAUCAUGACGGUGUCCCAUUCGCACCGUGUUCAGCGUGGUCUUGAC